AUGGAAGCCAUUCGUAUUGACGAGUUUGUCACGAAUCUCACAGACCUUCAACCCUUGACGGUCUCUAAGGCAGCAUGCCAAUCACCGCAAGAUCUUCGCAUCAAAAUUACACAUGCAGCAGUGACACACGUCGACGUUUUAUACGUCCAAGGUCUGCACCAAAAUAAUCGACGCCACGUACAACCUCCCUUUAUCCCCGGGACUGAGUUUUCCGGCAUUGUCAUCUCCAGCCCGACCCACUCGACUUUGCAACCCGGUACGCGUGUUUUUGGUGGCGGAUUGGGCGCUUACGCUGAGGAAAUAUGCGCGACUGAAGAAUCAGUACGUCGUGUACCUGAGCAGUGGACAAAUGCCGAGGCAUGUGCUGUUGGAGCAAGCGGAGCAGUCAGCUAUGGUGCACUGCUAGAUGUAGCCUCACUCAAAAGAGGCGAGACUGUACUGGUCUUUGGUGCGAGUGGCGGUCUAGGUGUUAUGGCAGUGCAGAUUGCAAAGGCAGUUGGCGCGAGAGUCAUUGCUGUUGUAGGUGAUGAAGAAAAGGGUGAGAUGGUGCGAAAGAUUGGCGCAGAUGCUGUGGUUGAUUAUCAUGAUGAGAAAUGGGAAGAAAGAGUGAAAGAUUUGACGGAAAGACGUGAGGGUGUGGAUGUGGUGUACGAUGCUAUUGGCGCCGUGGAGAGUGGAAUCAAGUGCUUAAAGUAUCGCGGUCGUCUGGUUAUUGUAGGAUUUGCGGCGAGGAACGGAGAUAUGGAAAAUGUUCGCGCCAAUAGAAUCCUACUUAAAUCGGUGGCGGUGCUUGGAUAUCGGUUCGGAGAAGACGGUAGAAGAGAUCCACAAAGAACAAAGGACGUCUGGAACGGCUUCAUGAAGCUUGUGGAAACUGGCAAGAUACGGCCUGUCACGUAUAAAGAGAACUAUCGAGGGUUAGAGGCAGUUAGCAAGGCGCUGGAAGAUGUCAAGGCGCGGAAAGCAUGGGGGAGGUCGGUGGUGAGGAUAUGCGAGGAUGGGGAAGUCGGUGAUGGACAGAAGGCAAGGCUGUGA